AUGGCUGCUGGAGGAGGGGGAUCCAAGCCAGUCGCCCAGUCCAGGAUGGAGAACUUCCGAAAGGUCAGGACGUCGGAAGAGGAGAGCCCCUUGCCCUUCCCCGACCUGCCGCCCGGUGUGGUGGAGAUGAAAGUGAAGGAAGGCAGCAAGAUCAGGAACCUGAUGGGCUUUGCCAUGGCCCAGAUGGAGCUGAAGGGCAGCCGGCAGAUUGUCUUCAGCGGCUGCGGCAGGGCGGUCACCAAGACCAUCACCUGCGUGGAGAUCAUGAAGCGGAAGCUGGGAGGCCUUCACCAGGUCACCAAGGUACGCUACAAAACCCUGCUGGAGGUGUGGGAGAACAAGGACCCGCUGCCCGGCAGCCCGGCGCAGAACCUCACCGUCCACAAGAACGUGCCCUCCAUCUGCAUCCUGCUCUCCCGAGACCCCCUGGAUCCCACCCAGACGGGCUACCAGCCCCCAGAGCCUGGCGAGGGGCUGCUGGCGGAGGAGAGCCGGCCUGGCGGAGAGGCACCGAGCUCCUCUGCGAAGGGGCUGAAGAGAGCCCUGCCGCCUCCGCACGAGGAGCUGGCGAGCAAGAAGGGGCAGGUAGAGGCACCCGAUGGCCCCCAGGGCGCCGGGGGCCUCCAGCCACACCACCACCACUGA